AUGAACACCCUUCCUCACACCGACCUGGAGGCUCCCGCCUGGGCCGCACCUACUGCAGAAUCGGCCGAGGACCUUGACGAGCCGCCAGAGAUACGUCUGCAGCAACCCUCGCCGCAACGAUUCCAGAGGACCGCCAUCCGCCAGCCUAGUGGCCAGUCGUCGCUGCUCACAAAGGCCAUUAUGGGCCCUUCCGACGACGACGACAAUCACGAGCACAUGUCCUCGACCAGGGCCGACAACCAGCGCCGACGUUCCAUGACCAGCAACGCCAGCGUAGCCUCCACGGCUGACCUGACCAGCGACACGGGCUUGACUAGCCCGUGUCGCACAAACACGCCGAGCCCGCCCAUUCCCGAGAUGAUUUCCAUGCACCUGGAUGCCGAAAUCUCAGACACCAAAAAGCGAUGCAUUCAAUUUGCAUGCGCUGCGAAGCCUAUUCAACACGAUCAGCCUGCGGCUCGCCCCGGAGCCGCGUCCCGGACCACUUCAGCACAAGAGCCGCCUCGACGGCCUUGCAUCAGAUUCGCCUGUCCUUCGGCCCCGACGCCUACCAGCGACACAUUCGCCGGACCCCCACACGCCCCCGUCCCGAAGCCUCCGUCGGCCAACACAUCCUCGCAGCCCAUGUCCCUCCGCAGACCGUCGAGCAAAAUCACACUUACGCGCCCAAAGUUCCUACGCGCAAAUUCAAAGGACCUCUCCAAGGAUUCCUCGCAGUUCCACGAGUUUGCCAGCGGUACCGCACGAGAAGAGGAGUGGAUUCGCCAGGAAGUUCCCGUCAUCACAACCAAGCUGACCAUCAACGACACGCUCACCAAGGAGAAUCGCAUUCGUCGUCUGGGUGCCGAGGCUGAGGAAGAGGCGCUGGAAGAGGAGGAGGCUGAAGCCGCGACGGAUGACGAGGAGUUGGAUGAACUCGACGGCGGCGACGACGACGACCAAGACGAAGACGAUGAUGGAGAAAAGGCGGAGGAAGAUGAUUCCGAUGGGUACUACACUGAUGAAGAAACUGGCUUUGCCGAUUCCGACGAGGAGGAGGACGAUGACGAGAAUAUGAGACUCUGGAUGCCGAGCCACGCGAUCAAUCUUCGCCAAAACCUCACCAUGGUCCCCGCUCGUCGUACUUACCUGCACGAGCCGCAAUCGGACUCGUCGGUGGCCACCAACGGAAGCAUUCGCCGCGUCAAGAUGAAGCGGGCCAAGCCCUCGUCCGACACGCCCGACCUACCUGACAGCACUGACUUCGUCUGCGGCACCCUGGAUGAGGACAGGCCUCUCGAGGAGGCUUAUCUAUCGUGCCUUGCGGCUCGCCGAAAUGGAAAGCUGCGCAUCAUCCCACAGGACAUAGACCCGAGCUUUCCCGCCUCGGACCCGGAUGACGAUGAUGAAGAGGACAUCUACAAUCCCGUGGCCCACGAUAGCGAUACGGAUGUCAUGGUGCACGGGGAGAUGGAAGACUUGCAUCACGGGCAAGACCGCUCCCGGCGGCGGAGAAAGAGCGAGCACGCCUCGCCUCGCAAAUACCGUUCACCCGCGCCGAAGCGACACCACUCACCGCCUCCCAAGACACUCGGAUCUCCUCGCCAAGGGGCACAUGUCCAGUUCCAGCUGGCUGGGCGGCCGAACACGACUCACACCAAGUCUCUUCCCCGCCCGGCAGCUCUGUUUCCAUACCUUAAGAAAGAGCGGAACAUGAAGUAUCACCACGGCUCGGACCUGCACGUCAGAGGCGCCAUUGACAUCUUCAAAGGCCUCGAACGGAAGCGCCAGCGACGCAAGGAAAAAUUCUACCAAAAAUACUGCAAUCGGGCCCGCCGCGGUCAGAUCCCGGAACGCAAGCCGCAGCCCGGCCGUGGCGCAGAGCGCAUGAAGGAACUCGGCCUUCUCAUGGCUGGCAAGAAAGAGCAGGGCAACUACGUGCUCUCCAUCUAA